GCGCUUCGCCACUGAGAACGCUCUAGGCGACGCAGCGCAGCCAGUCGAAUAAGAGUUCCCGUCAUAGACAGAUUGCAACGCCAGCAGAAUUUUGCAAAAGUGCAGAGAAAUUUAUUAGAAUAAUUUGAAAAACAAUUUGUUACAUUUUUUUUUGUAAAUCAAUAUGCAAAAUAAAACUACAAAAGUGGCUAUAUUCUCCUUAUUGAUUGUGCUCGUCACUGUCGCUUUGACAACGUCAGCUCCGCAAUCUGAACCGAAGCAAUGCAACGAAAUAUGUCCGGCAAUAUUCGAUCCCGUUUGUGGUUAUGACAGCAAUUGUUAUGCUAGAUUCCCCAACAAAUGCCAGUAUGAUCAACUAAAAUGCUCAAAGAAACACAAUCUUGAGACGGUGGAUAUGUCACUAUGUGAUUUAGCUGAACGAAGAACUCAUCCAGAUUAUAAACUUUGCUAAGAAUUCGACAACCAUACAAUAAUAUGUAUUUUAAUAAAUUAUUUUAAAUGCCAUGCCAUCUAACUGUAAAGCAAUAUGUAUACGUAAACUAUCACUACACACGUAGAAUUAAGUCGAUUUCUUGCCGAAAGUAAUGACAAAUCUAUAUGGACUUGACUCUUUAAAAUAACUCUAAUUACUGUUUGUCAAAUAAAAUUCUGAAACUAAAA